CCCAAAUCAUGAAAGGAAAAACUUACAGCACUACACAACUUCAUGGCUAGUCGAAUGCCUUUCUGUCCUCUCCAGAAAAACAGCGCUGCGGAGAAAAUAGGCACAUACCACAAGUGAACUCAUUCCUACGCGCUAUAACAGGAUCAUCCGCCGAUGAAAAGAUUUUUCAUCCUGAUCGCUGAAAGUAGUAGAUGAAUGGUUGAUUACCAGACCGCCUCUACUUUUCUUCCUGCUCAACAACAUUGUGGCGAUUUAAAGUGAGACGAUGUUGACUUCGGAAAUAGCCGAUGCGCUGCAGCAGUAUCCUGCGACCGCCGAGGUAUCAACUGCAAAAAUGUCUGGGUCUGGAAGAUUGCCAGGUUUGUCAUGCAUAUUUUGACUGACCCAUGAUGUCUGUGAUGCAUGCCCUAGCAUCACAGAUUUUUAGAGGACUUUGUGAUGCCUCUACCGCAUGAGAAAUGCCCUCUCUACGUAGCACAAACUGGAGUCCUUUUGCUGGUCAUGCAAUCCAAAUUUUUUUACAAUCCAGAGUCAGCAUUACAAGUUUAGAAUCUUCCAGACCCAGACACCUUUGCAUUUGAUACGAGGUGGGAGUAGAUGAUACCGGAGGAGUACAACGACCAGAGAUGUCGAAUAUUACAGUGAAAAAUUCGCCCACCCCGGAAGUUGCAAAUGUUUCUCAUGCAAAGUUUCCAAAUGAAAGCUUUUUGUCUUGCAUGAAAGGACUGCGAGCCUUUGUGAUGCAGAAUCUAGGCACGCAAGGGGCUCCUUUGUGACGCAGAAUCUUGCAUAACAGAUCCGCCUGCUUUUGGGCUCCUUUGCAACACAAAUUUGAGCUAUUCAGCAUGGAAAAUUUGUGAUGCUGAGAUAUGCAAGAGAGUGAAUGUUUCCAUUGGAAAGGUUUGCAGUACAAAUGCUGGCAAGUGCUGGGGAGGUGGGAGCAUUUUUCACUAUAAUACUGAACCCAAAAAACAACUCAUCCCACAAGAACCACGAGCAGGAGAAUCUCACCCUACAAAUCGCUGUUGUGAACGCACUCACCGGAGAUCCGUUGCUUUUUCAUGGCGGAACGGAACUGCUUUGGAGGAAAGAAUUAUGCAGUGGUCCGUCUCCGUCCUCCUGGUUCACAAGCAGCGAGGGAAAAAAUGCUGCUGCUGUGGCUGUUGCACUUGCACCACACGCGCCAGCACCACAACCCCCCCGGGUGAAGGAUCUGAAAGCCGCGAUCUGCGAUGCGUUGAUGAGGCAGAGGGAUGAUCCGCGACAUAAGGAUGCCGAUGUUCUUGUUGACCGUGCGGUACCACUGAAUCAAAAAAUUUCCGAAAGUGCAUCGAGUCCUCGUGCAGACGAAAACCACAAGGUAGAAGGUGCUACAAAACGACUUCCUGCUAGAAGAUCAUUGUUUUGGGAAAAUAUCCAACUGCUGUUUGAGUAUGACGACCCCUUAUCGAGUGCAAAUAUCAUAUCUGCGAUAUUCUGGAAGAGUGCAAGAUCUGUGAUGCUUGUCUGGCAUGACAACUCUGAGCAGGUCUGUGACUGUGCAUUGGCACGAGGUAGAGCCGCGCGUGGUCUUGCCUGCCAUGCAAAAACGCAAUUUGUCAUGCGGAUUAACAUUAAGUACGCAACACACAGCAGCUCGAAAAAUUGUCAUGCGUGGUUGUGUACUCCAGUGCGCCCAAACGUCGCAGACUUGCAUCACAAGUUCUUUCCAGACCCAGACAUUUUUGCAUUUGAUACCCCUUGGAUGGCGACGACCAGGAAUACCUGCAUAUCAACUGUAAAAAUGUCUGGGUCUGGAAGAAUAUGCGAUUUGUAAUGCAGGUUUUCUAUGCCCCAUGAGGUCUGGAAUGCAGCGCCUAGCAUGACAGAUUCUGCGAGAGCUCUAUCAUGCCUAUCCUGCAUGAGAAACUGCUUUUCACCUUGGUCAAAAAUGCACGGCUUUUGGUACUCAUGCAACACAGAUUGUUGCAUGAUCCAGAUUUAGCAUGACAAACAUGCAUUCUUCCAGACCCAGACAUUUUUGCAUUUGAUACUGCAGGAAGAUAUCCUAUGUAAAAACAUCCCCACCGCGUAGUCAAGAUGUGAAAUCUGCUAGACAAAUCCACGAGCUGCGGGUGUUGCGCAUGACAAUAAAUUUGCGAACGUAAUGUAGUCUUGUUUCAUCUAGUGCAGCAGCGUCACAGAUCUAGCAUCUCAUGCUGAUUCGAGCAUCACAAAUUCCAAAACACGACUAGAAAACGCUUCUCAUGGGGCUCCGCAUGAGAAACAUUUUGACUACAAUGCAGAUUUGCACUACAAACAACUCUGGGGUGGGGAUGUUUUUACAUAGGAUGGGAGAGACCGGGGAAAUGGAGUUGUUGCCCCUUUUGACCGAAUACCACGAGCUAUCCCACGAAAACACUGUUUCACUGUGAUGAUUUUGCAAGUUUUGCAUCACAAGUCUGCUCUGCAUCACAAAGGAAGUUUGCCCCGCGAGCGCGAGCCACCCAAGGAAAAACACGCCUAGAAAUGCACAUGUCUUGCAUGUGUAGCAAGACACCACUUUCUGCAUUACGAACGAAACAGUUUUUUCUUGCGAUACGAGCUAGUGGAAAAGCAGCAGCAACGGUCUUCGCCGUCGCUUGAUGCCGUCCUAUCAAACGCAGAAAGGUUGAUGCCUGGUAUCCUGAGUAAAAACGUACCCACACCAGAGUCAAGUUGGAGAUUUUGCAACACAAAGCUAGGAGUUUUAGGAGUCACGCAUGACAAGUUUCAGUCCGUAAGGUAGUGCAACUUAGCACGGAACGCCGCAUCACAAAUCGACCUUCUGAUCCUGUUUACAGCAUUACAAGUUCCCAAACACGAUUGAAAAUGCCUGUCAUGGGGUCGCGCAUCGCAAAUGUUCCUGUCAUGGCAAAUCUGCAUGACAACUCUGGGGUGGGGACGUUUUUACACAGGAUACCUGGGUCUGGAACAUCAUUGCGGACGGCAUUCAAGAUGAAGUACCUGGUGAAAAUUAUCAAGAAGAAAAAUUUCCCUCCCCAUAUCAAAACGGAAAUCUGUGAUGCAGAUUUGCAGUCACAAACCAGCUUUGUCAUGCUAGAAGGGAAAAAAUGCGGACUGUAGUGCUGGGUGGCGUGGGGAAGCCUUGCAUCUUCAGCAUGACAGAAAGCAACUGGAAGUGGGAAACAGCGUGACGCAUUGCCUGCAACCGAGGCCACAACUGCGGCUCUUGGCCUUCUAGCAUUACAAGGCGAUUUGUGUACUCAAAUACAGCAUCACAAAUUUCGUUUGUGAAGAAAUGUGAGCGCAAAGUAAGGUUGAAAAGUAUAUAAGUGCCCGGGGAUGAAGAAAUACUUGCGAUGUUUUCGCGGUUCUGACCCUAUGCCGUUCCAGCGCCUGCGGAGGCUUGCCUCCAAAGCUAUGCUGGACAAUGGCAAUGUCGGUGCGGUUGUUUUAGCAUCACAAAUUUCGUUUUCGAUAUGGGGUGGGGGGAUUUUUCCAUUUGAUAAAAGUUUUCGAGCCUUUUGAGACCCGCGAAGAGGUUGACGUAUCAACUGCAAAUAUGUCUGGGUCUGGAAGAGUGCCAGACUUGUCAUGCAGGUUUUUCAUGACCCAUGAGGUGUGAUAUGUAGAACAUAGCAUGACAGAUUCUGUGAUAGUUCUAUGAUGCCUAUUCUGCAUGAGAAAGUGCACCUCGAUUAGGUCACACGUGGACAGCUUUUGGUAAUCAUGCUACACAGAUCUUUACAUGAUUCAGAUUUAGCAUGACAAGUUCCAACCUUCCAGACCCGGACGUAUUUGCAAUGCACAUGACGCAGCGCUGUACAGUCUUCACUGUUUCGUACAGGAGAGAAUUGACCGAGACAACGAGAAUAGAACGAGUUAUUCUUGUGCGGGAGGAAAGCAAAGUCAAAGUGAAGUGGAAAUAUCAAAGCGACACAACCUGUACACCCGACCCAUGCUUCGUGCGGUGGAAAAGAAGCACGGCCCGGUAUCGUAACGAAAAAUCCCUUUUCCCCAUAUCGAAAUGGAAAUCUGUGAUGCGGGAUCUGUGUACACAAAUCGGCUUUGUCUUGCAGUACAAGACUGCAACCAGAUACAAAGCAGGAGUAGGGGCCUUUGGGUGUAGGCACCUAGCAAGGCAGGCCUAUCCUCCGCAGGCCAUACAGCAUUACAAAUUGCCCGCAGAGCGCGGCGGGGUUUUUGGAUUUGCCUUCUUGCAAUACAGAGACGAUUUGUGGUUUCAAAUCAGCAUCACAAAUUUUCAGAAGUGUCCCGUUUUGGUAUGAGGCGGGGGGAUUUUUCCUCGCAAUAACCGCUGCGGAUUUGGGACCUUUCGAAAAUUCAAGAUCUGAAGCUCUUGCUCUCUGGGUGGCCGCACAAUCCGCAGUCCGACUUGGCCAGGCCUCACAAUUAUCAACUGCAAAUAUGUCUGGGUCUGGAAGAAUGUAAACUUGUCAUGCAGGUUUUCCAAGACCCAUGAGGUCUACAAUGCGGGACCUAGCAUGAAAGACUCUGUGACGUCUCUGUCAUGCCUAUCCUGCAUGAGAAACUCCCUCCCAACUUUGUCGAAAGUGGACAGCUUUUGACACUCAUGCAACACAAAUUUUUGCAUGAUCCGGAUUUAGCAUGACAAGUUGCAAUCUUCCAGACCCAGACAUAUUUGCAAUGCAUAACAAUCGCACGUCGUUUGCCGGAAGGGGCUUCAACGAGGACAUAAGUCAGUGGGAUGUUUCUGGCGCCACUACCAUGUAUCCUAUGUAAAAACGUCCCCAUACCAUAGUCAAGAGGGGAAGUCUGCAACACAAAUCCCCUAGUUUUGGGGGCUCUGCAUGACAAGUUCUUUCCAUCUGCAGUGUAGUACUGGCUGGCAAAGAAAGCCGCAUGGCAAAGCCAUUUUCUCGUCCUGUUUACAGCAUUACAAAUUCCAAAACACGACUGGAAAUGCCCCUCAUGGAAGUGCGCAUUACAAAUGCAAAUCUUCCUGUCAUUGCACAUUUGCAUGACAACUCUGGGGUGGGGACGUUUUUACACAGAAUACCAUGGAGCUCAUGUUCUACGAAAACAAAGACUUCAACCAACCCCUGGAUGCGUGGAACACCAGCCGCGUUACCAACCUCCAGUACUGCUUCGCCGGCUGCCUGGCUUUCGACCUACGCUGAGCAAAAACGUCCGCACCCCAGAGUCGAGAUGGGGAUCUCGCAACACAUGAAGAGAGGUUUUGGGGGUAAAGCAUGACAAGUUCGUCUCUGUAUUGUAGUGCAGUUUAGCAAGUACAGCCGCAACACAAAUCCUUCUGCUCAUCCUGUUUACAGCAUCACAAAGUCCAAAACACGACUGGAAUUGUCUCUCAUGGCGAUCCGCAUGACAAAUCUUUCUGUGACUGCAAAUCUGCAUGACAACUACGGGGUGGGGACGCUUUUACUCAGGAUACGACCAAGAUAUCCGUCAGUGGGACGUAUCGAAGGUGACCAACAUGGAAGGGGUAUCCUACGUAAAAACGUCCCCACACCAGAGUUGUCUUGCAAACCUGCAUGCUGAAAAUAUUUCUCAUGAGAAGCAAUUUCAGUUCGUUUUUCGGAAUUUGCGAUGCUUCAAUCAGCAUGAGAUGCUAGAUUUGCGAUGCUACUUUACUAGCUCAACAGGAUAAUCACACUACGACGCCAAAGAACUUGUCAUGCGCAACAAGAAAAGCUCGCUGAUUUGUCGUAGCAGAUUUCCCAACUUGACUCUGGGGUGGGGACGUUUUUGCUCAGGAUAGGGGAUGUUUUCGUGCGCGGUUAAUUUCGACCGGGAUUUGAAUGGCUGGGACGUGAGGAAUAUCAAGUGCAGAUAUGUCUGGGUCUGGGACGAGAAUGCAGGUUUGUCAUGCUUGUCUGGCAUGACUGUUAAAUCUGUCAUGCACGUCACCCAAGAGCCCCAUUUUUCUGUCAUGCAGAAAUGCAGUUUGCCAUGCAGAAUAGGCAACACCUAGAAGUAGCUCACAAACUUGUCAUGCUGAGCCAGCACUUGUGGCCUCCUCAUGAUACGCCACCCAGCAUCACAAGGUUUCAGACCCAGACAUAUUUGCAAUGCAAAAGGGAAGUGACUUCUAUGGCCCGGAUGUUUCAGCACGCGAAGCGCUUCAACCAGGCACUGGACAGAUGGGAGGUAGUAUCAAAUGCAAAUAUGCCUGGGUCUGGAAACUUAUGAUGCAAGGAAGGGAAUAGUGAGCACACUGUAAUGCGCUUACGCUUUCAAGCAUGACAAGUUUUUCCGUGGUUCUGAGUUGCGUACUCCGCAUGAGAAAUAACUGCGGCUUAGCAUGACAGGCGAGAGGAGCUCUACUUCGCGGCCACGCAAUGCAAAGCUCAGAGUCAUGCCAGACUAGCAUGACAAAUCUCGCGAUCUCCCACACCCACACAUAUUUGCAAUGCAUAGAUUGGAAUCACAACCAAUUUGGAAGAAAUAUUUCAUGGUGCCGAGGCGUUUAACCAUUCUCUCGCGAGCUGGAUCGUCAGUGGAAGCACCAACUGCAGGCAGAUGCUUGCAACCGCGUCCGCCUUUCGGCAAUUACCCCCGCAGGGCGCCCUGGCCUUCGACAUCUUCGGGCCGCAUGAUGAAAGUUCUUGUAGUUCCGGGACUGUUUUAAUAUCAGGGUCGAGGCAACAAGAUGAAGUGACACCAGAGGCAGUAUGGAUUGCAAAAAUGUCUGGGUCUGGAAGGUUGUAACUUGUGAUGCUGUCUUCGGAUUCGAAAAAAAUCUGUAUUGCAUGAGGAGCAAAAGGAGUCCAGUUUGUUCUACACGGCGAGGGCAUUUCUCAUGCAGAUUAGGCAUCAGGAUUCCCUCUAAAAAUCUGUGAUGCCAGGUUAGGCAUUACAGACAACAUGGGUCAUGGAAAAUAUGCAUGACAAAUCUACAAAUCUUCGAGACCCAGACAUUUUUGCAUUUGAUAGGCAGCUCAGCUCGACGAUGGCGGCGCGCAAGACUGGUCCGCAGUCGGCCUGCCCUCGGCGGCCGGUAUGCUGAGCAAAAACGCCCCCACCCCAGAGCUGCCAUGCAAAUGUGCAAUGACAGGAAUCGAUUUGUGAUGCGCAGCUCCAUGAGAGGCAUUUCCAAUCGUGUUUUGAAGCUUGUAAUGAUGUAAACAGGAUGAGAAAAUGACUUCCUCACACAGCUUCCCUUGCUAACCAGCACUACGCUGCAGAGGGGACGAACUUGUCAUGCACAACUCGCAAAACUUGAACAUUCGUGUUGCAGACUUACCAGCUUGACUAUGGGGUGGGGACGGUUUUCCACAGGAUAGCCGGGGAGUGGUGGCACUGGUUCCGGGAAAAUAUUGAGAGGAAAAAUCCCGCCUCCCCAUAUCGAACAGGUAUGUUUCCGAAAAUUUGUGCUGCUGUUUUGAGGUCACAAAUCACACCUGUCUUGCAAGAAGACAAGGGCAGAAGCUUCCGCCCCAUUAUGGAAGCAAUUUGUCAUGCUGUUGGGCCUAAAGGUCAGCCGUUUGUCAUGCUGAACAACUAGGCCCAUACGCCCCUACCUAGCCUGGGGAUCUGGCCGCAGUGCCUCUCUGCAAUACAAAGCUGAUUCGUGUACACCAAUCCAGCAUCAGAAAUUCCGUUUUGAUAUGGGGAGGGGGGAUCUUUCGUUUCGAUAGCAAAUGAAGAAAAACUGCGCGAGGAAGACCCAACCUGGUUUAGCGAGUAUAUCCUGUGCAAAAAUAUCGUACUCGUACUGCAAUCAUGCAUGCAGCAUGCAUUACAAAUCUUUUUCUUACGGUAAAUCAGCAUUACAAAUUUUAUUUCUCAUGCUGGGGAAAUUUGCAAUGCAUUUAUGCACGUACGAUACUUUUGCAAUUCAUAGAAUAUUUCGAUGUGGAAUUUUCUAAAAAUCAAAGAAGCUGAUGUUGACGAUGUUGAAGCGCUCUCGUCCCUGAAGACUACAGAAGCAGAAGCGGCUGUUGAUCCCGCGUGUUGACAAAGCGGACAAGCUUCAUUUUCUUAAAAUACUUUUCUGCCUCUUUUGUGCGAUCCUUUCACUUCGAUGGGCUCCUGCUGCAAUUCGAUAUUCGGAGAAAAUCUAUCCGUC